GAAUAAACCAUAUGAGUGAAGAAAAAGGGUAGCAGAAUGGGCGUCUCCAACUGGACUGAACCUCUUCAACCUCUCGGAAGGGUUAUGGAUCCUAUGGAUGAAAUCAUGGUUCAACACAUAGGAUGGAACGUAGACGCUGACGAUCUGAUCCAUAUCCCAAAACAUUGGCAACUCUAUCCCGCCCCAGAAAAAUCUCUCCAUUUCCUCCUUGGUAUGAUCUACGUUUUUCUUUGGUUUUUAGCCAUCAUUGGAAAUGGGCUCGUCCUGUGGAUAUUCACCUCGGCAAAAAGUCUAAGAACAGCAUCCAACAUAUUCGUAGUCAAUUUGGCUUUCAGUGAUUUCUUGAUGUUUGUAAGUAUGCCAAUCUUCAUUUAUAAUUCAUUCAACGGAGGAUUCGCUGCUGGUUGGCUGUCCUGCCAGGUCUACGCUUUAAUAGGAUCACUUUCUGGUAUAUCUCAGGGCAUGACUAAUGCCUGCAUAGCCUAUGACAGAUAUACCACAAUUACAAGACCUUUUGAUGGAAAACUAUCCAAAACGAAAGCUGUCCUCAUGGUUCUCUUCAUCUGGGUAUACACGUUACCUUGGGCGCUAUUGCCGAUGUUUGAAACGUGGGGAAGGUAUAUGCCAGAAGGAUACCUGACGGCAUGUUCAUUCGACUACCUCACCACUACCUUCGAUAACAAACUGUUCGUAGGAUCAAUUUUUACUUGUUCCUACAUCUUUCCAAUGACAGCUAUUAUAUUUUAUUACAGCCAGAUUGUCAGUAAAGUAUUUGAUCAUGAAAAAGCCCUUAGAGCACAAGCUAAGAAGAUGAACGUCGAAUCCUUAAGGUCGAAUCAACAACUAAAGAACGAAUCGGCAGAAGUGAGGAUAGCCAAAGCGGCAAUCACAGUCUGUUUCCUAUUCGUCGCUUCUUGGACCCCAUACGCCGUUCUGGCCUUGAUUGGAGCAUUUGGGGAUCAAUCACUUCUAUCUCCAGGAGUUUCUAUGAUCCCAGCGUUGACAUGCAAACUGGUUGCCUGUCUAGAUCCGUAUGUGUAUGCCAUAAGCCAUCCAAGAUACAGAAUUGAACUACAGAAACGGCUUCCCUGGCUGGCCAUAAAAGAAGAAUCUGAUUCACAGUCAACGGUUACGGAGACCUCUUCACCUCCACCAUCGACAGCAUAAUAUUUAAAAACUUGACUGAUUUUUUAACUGCAAAGCAAAACCAUGAUGACGACUUGGCUAUGUCAAUGAAACAAUGUCGGGUUAUAUGAUUAUAUAGUGAUUUUUUAGAUGUAUAUAAAUAUACUGAAAUAUUAUGUCUGUCACGUAUCUGACCUUUUUAUAUUAAAGAAAAAGGUUCUUUAAACAAUAAAUCAUGGGUAAAUAUUGAGAAAAAUUUCAAACUGAAAAAGGUGCUCUUUUUAUAAAAUAUUGAAGAUUCUUAAGGUAUGGCUAUAAACAUAGAAAAUAGAACUAGGGUUAGA